UUUGGCAAAUACAUAGCCAAAAAUCUUUCUUCCCGCGAGACUCAAAUCUCCUGCCCCUACCAUUUUCUGCUUCCACUCUCAUCAUAUUCUAACUGCUUCUUCAUUCUUCAUUAUUUGCAUUUCUUCAUUGGUUGCUGCUGUUUUCGGAGUUGUGCCGCGCCACUGGAACUCACGUUCGUGUUUCUGCUGCUGUUCACGUUCUGGUUAAUGCAGCUGUUCGCGUUUGGGUUGCUCCUGCUGUUCCGUGGGUUCCAUUGUUGAUGCUGUUCGCGAUCAUAGUUGCAGGUUUUCUUCUAUGCAAAGACAACUCUUAAAAUUGAUCACAUAUAUUCGUUGAUUGCUGCUGCUUAUCGCGGUUGUGUCUCUGUUACCCGCGCUCGUGUUGCUGCUGCUGUUCGCGUUCGGGUUUGUGUCGCUGAAGCUGUUCGCGUUCCAUUUCUGCUAUAAUUGGCGUUCCUAAUCGCAGUUGUGCUUCUAUGCAAAGCAAUGCCGAAGUGUAAACGCUUUACUAAUCCUUUGCGAUCAGCUCCUCAACCUAAAAAUGGUUUUGACCAGUUUAAUGACGAUGUAGUUCACAAUUCACCUACGGAUGUCUCACCACCUAAUCAUGAUUCAACAAUGCAAAGCAAUCCGGAUAGUGCUACGGAUCAUUCACUGCCUAACCAAGGAUCCCAAGAACAUAUUAGGCACUUUGGUGGACGUCAAUCUUCUGAAUAUUGGACUGUGGAGACAGUAGGCACAGAUGGAACUAUUAAAACUAGAAGGCUAAAAGUUAAAGAAAUGGAUAACUUAUCUAGAGAUGAGCAAGUUGUUGUAAACUUUGAAGAUCAACAAGCUAUUGGAGAAGCCCAAGGUUUGCUUGCUGGAUAUCUAGGAACAUUGGCAGUUGAUUGUAAGUUAUUUCCAAUCAAUUUCUCAAAGUGGUCAGGACCUUUGGGUGUACCUCGAUCUAGAUUUGAAGAGUGUUUUAGUAACUUGCUGAAGGUAUGUAUUUGAAAUAUUGAGUUUUAUCAAAUUCCUAUUAAUAUUAUCUAUUAUUAAUGAUA